AUGACAGUCAAGAGCGGUCCUUCUACUGGGCAGGAGCACGCACAGAGACAUCCUCACAGGCAACUAAAGAGAAAGCUACCCCUGUCAGCACCUCCCAGAGAAAGCCAAUAUUAUUCCUAUACCUCAAGCGGCCAUUGGGGGCUUUCUGAGUGCCUGCUUCCGCAGUUCCGUUUCUUUGAGCCCGCUCACUUUUGUAAGGGGCGGCCACUGCGGCCUUUAGCCCCCUCUCUCCGUAAAAUGGGGGUUUUCAACCGUCUCCUGCUCUUCUUUCUCGGGCUGGUGCCUCUCUUUCUAGCGAAAAAGGCCCAAGGUGCCGCUGUAAACGUUGCAGAACCCUUGGUUACUGAAGGUACAAGGCACACUUCCCUUGGACUCGAUGAUUUUCCCCCCACAGAGUAUCCCUCUGGGCGCCCCGACCCUGAUGGUUUUCGACAGGAGCACACUGUAGAGCAGCCACACGAGCUACAGCCUCCCUCGCCGCCAACGAUGACUUUCCGAUUCGUGGAUGAAAAAGGAAACGUCACUGAGGUGCCCAUACAGUUCAAGGAGGCGCAGCUUGAACCUCGGGGAUUCUGGGGAGACGUUUUAGCCAAUGGGAUGGCACUAUUUCUUGCGUAUGCGGCAAUUAUCAUUCUUAAGGAACUCUUGACAUGGUCCUCCUCUAGGCGGAAGAAAGCAGCAGAAAGCUCACUACGGGCUCAUGUGGCACUACGGCGGGAAGCGAUCAGCGCAGAGCUGCGGACCAUAGAAUCGGGAUUCGAGGAUAUAGAGAGGAGUGACAAGGGUGGAAGAGAUGAAGGAGCGGAAGAAGAACUGAAGCAUUUCUUGGAUUUGCUAGACGGCUACAGGUAUGAACUUAAAGACUAUGAUACUCCCGCCCUCGUGGCGUACAUCGACAGUUUGAUAGUGAAAAUUUCGCAGCUGCUGAAGCACAUCAGUCGCAACAUUCCAGAGCGAGAGCGUUUGGAUGGGCCUUCCGCUUCCCCGGUGCCCUCCACCAAUAUCUCAGAAUCCGAGUCAGUAGGCGCAGAAGGCAGUGCUUCCCAAGCUGGGAACCACGACGCAGAAACGAAGGAGCAGGUGGCUGACGGCAGCGACAAAGUCAGUGGGGAGAAUGAGGGAGAACGUUCUGAAAAGGAGAUAACGGCCUCGCAAACGAAACAGAAGCCGGAUAUGGACUUGGUGCUACUUGUUAAAGAGCAGAACCCUGAUUUGUCCCCUAGAGAGACUAUCCUCCUGGCAUCUGAACUAACAAGGAAACGAAGAAACAAACGCGAUACGUAA